AUGGGGAGGGUCGACGUUCAUCAUCAUAUACUACCGACUGAAUACGUGCAGAAAUGGAAAAACGCAGCUGGAAUUCCCAAAGGACUUACACUACCAUCAUGGAACGUGGAACUGGACCUACAGUUCAUGGACCGCAACGAUAUUGAUGUCUCAAUCUUAUCUUUGAGCGCUCCAGGUCUUGCGUUCACCUCAUCUGCCGAUGAAGCCACAAAACUAUGCCGAUCGGUCAACGAGUACGCUAAGGAGAUCUCGACCAGUCACCCACGUCGAUUUGGUUUCUUUGCAUCCGUACCCCCACUUACCCAGAUCAACGCUUGCUUAGAGGAGGUGCGCUACUCACUCGACGUACUCAAGGCAGAUGGAGUCGCGCUGUUAUCGAGUUAUGACGACAAGUACUUGGGCCACGAGGACUUCCGCCCUCUUUGGGAGGAACUUCACAGUCGCAACGCAGUAGUUUUUGUUCAUCCAACCUUUGGUGAAACUUGGGGAGCCCCAUCUGACCCUACUAUUCCCCGACCAAUAAUCGAUUUUCCUCACGAGACAACCCGAACAGCGAUCAACCUCAUCACGUCCAAUAUUGUUCGUGAUUUUUCGAACUGCAAGAUCAUUCUAUCUCACGGUGGCGGUACCCUCCCAUACAUGGCGACGAGAGUUGCGCACCAAACAGCCGACCUUGGACUGAAAGAUAAAACAGCCGACGAUUUCAUAAGAGAAGCAAGAUCAUUUUACUUUGAUCUUGCAUUGACGGGGUUCGAGACCCCCAUUAGGCUUUUGCAAGAUUUCGCCGGUACAGAUCACAUAUUAUACGGAAGCGAUUUCCCGUUCGCUCGUGAAGGAACCAUCACGCCUCAAAUCGAGAACAUCAACAACACAGCUAUGGAAGACGACGUGCGGCAUUCGAUUGAAUGUGGCGCUGCAAGAAAACUCUUUUCGCGUUUCAAGACCGAUGAAAAUGAUGGACGGUAG